CUAAUUGAUGUUAAAUGUGACACAGUAGGUGUUGUGUCGAGCACCAUGUUACAAAUUCAAAGUUGAUCUAAUUUUACAAUGACAUUUUGACCAAUAUUUUUUCAGCGAUGCAAAUUACCCAGACAAUUAUGCGGUUAUGGCAGGGGGUCAUAACAGGGGCUGUAGCACAUGUACCCGCAGAGAGCAGGCACACACUGUGCAAGAUGUCAUCAUACAUCCAGGUUUUGAAGCAAAUAUCAACAAAGGUCACCCAAAUGAUAUAGCACUCCUUGAGUUAGCAACUAAUGUUGUUCUGGACAAUAUAACAGCAAGAGUGAUUGAACUUCCACCUGAGAGUAACACGUUUGCUGGCCAGUCUUGUACCAUUGUGGGCUGGGGAAUGACACGUCCUGGAAUAUAUGCUGAUGAACUUAGAAAAACAAGUCUGCCAGUGUUGACAGGGGAGCAGUGUUUGUUAUACUGGCCACAGGCAAACCAGACAACUCAUAUAUGUGUAUAUGAUACCAGCGACAGGAUCAGUGCAUGUAACGGUGACGAGGGAAGCCCUAUGAUGUGUCAACACAAUGGCCAGACUGUACUUGCUGGUGUGUCUUCAUUUGUCGUCAAUGGGUGCCUCUACAAGCCCUCGGUCUAUACCAGAGUCUCUGAAUACAAGACAUGGAUCUGUGAAGAGACUGAUGGCGCACUUGCAUAUUGUAACAGACCCUAGAGUAGACUACAGCAGCGGUGGAUGUCAUUAUCUACUCCAUAAACAUGAACUCAAAUUGAUUGAUAUGUGGAAAUGUAUGAAUUCUUAAUGUAAAAUCAUCAACUGAAUGCAGGAAUUAUGGACUAUAACUCAAAAUUAUAAAAGUUUAAUAAACACGAAACAACCAUUUGAAACAUAACAUUGUAUGAUUUAUUUUCGAAAAAAAAUAAACAAGCUAUAUUUAGUAUUAAA